GUGUAUUUGACUGAAUAUUGUCACCAGUUUUCGUUUUCUUGAAUUUCAAUCAUGGUGCCUCCUGUUACUGGUUUUCUUAUGGGUUUGGCUGCUGCCAUUUUCAUCUGUCAUUCCGCCUCGAGCCAGUCCCUGAGUGAUCCCUGUGGCGGAUCGAACCCCGUCCAAGGAUCUUCCAAAGGACUUAGCGUUACUGGUAAUCUUCCUGCUGCCAUGAGAGAUAUUGUCACAUCAGCAAUUGAAGCUAAAACUUUGGCCGGACUUCUCAAAGACAAAUACACAAAAACAUCCCCUCCUCGGAUUUCUCCAUUUUUUGCAAUCUAUCUGAAAGGAAUUCACGAGAAGAAUUUUCCCGUCAGCAGGAGUCUAUUCAAUCAGUCAGCGAUAACAGCUGCACUCCAGAGCGACUAUGAUGACGUGUCAACAAUUAUCACGUUCAUGAAGUACAUUUACAAGUAUGAAACUGAAUACACCGUCGACAUGGAGGCCUUCCAACACAAGCUGUACAGCCCACUGUGCAAGAUCAAGAUCGCCGCUGACGCCAAUGGACAAAGUCUUACUUACACCAUCACCGAUGACGUUGUGACCAGGAAGGUCAUCAUAUCAGAUGCCUUUAGGUACGCCCGUGAUUACACUGUGUUCAGAGAUGCCGAGGUCUUCUUGGCAUCUGUCACUACUCCGUAUGUGAACUGAACAAUCAGCUGACAAGUACAACCGAGGUUAUUGGGGUGGUUUGACACAUUAACGACAACGUGAAGUUUUCAUGUUUAAAUAAAAUAACCUCAAUCGUAGUUUCUCUGAGUGUCUUACGACUGUCUGUGACAGUCACACGAGUUCCAGCACCUUUAAGGUACAACGGUUCGCUUUCAAGACAGUAUGUCUCAGCAAAUCUGUGGUAUUCACAGUUAUAUGUGUGGAUUACAUUAAUCCAUUGCUAUGUAUGCGACAGAGUCGUUUAUAUAUAUAAUUCAUUCAUCUUCUUGGCUCCUAUGUGAGUGUAAACAAAUGUUUGCCUUUGAUUCUGCGUCAAUGUGAGUGUGAUAUUGUUGUGAACUAUUGUGGUCAUACUAUAUUUAACAAUAUUUUGUUUCGAGUGUAUACAGUUUCAUUAUAUGUUUGUGAAAUGAUGUCAAACAAACCUAUUAAAAUGUGCUAUACCUCAGGCUAAGCGCAGCAGAAGAUGUCUUUAAACAUUUUCAGUGAUUUACUCAAUGUCCAUUCAUAUAUAUGUAUGUCCUUUUCGCUAUAUGGCUUUCUAUCAUCAGAUACACAUGUAUGUAUUUGUAACAUAUGGGCAUUCAGAUU